AUGCCGACCACUAGGCCUACGAACAUGCACACCGGGGGAUUAACCCCGCGCGGCAUGGACAACUUUACUCUGGUGUAUGAUGAUUUCUACAACAACAAAAUCGACGGGUAUAACGCGGAGGAGCGCAAGCGGAUGGGGUUCCGCGAUCCCCUGCCGCGGUUCACGGUCGAGAUCAUCGGGAUGUGGGAUACGGUUGGGUUCCAGAAGGCGUGA